CGCGGCGCGGCCACGUGCAGCUGUGUUGAGGAAGCCUUGAAGAGAGGACGGCGGCGUGUGUGACGUGUGUGAGGUAACGUGAAGUGACGGCAAGGACGGCAGACAGAUUCUGACAGAAUCCUCCAAACACACACACACACACACAGACACUGGAGCAGCUUUUCCCCCGGAAUUUGAUUCUCCAUGAUCGACACAUCGGACCGGCGGAUUGUGGCUGGCUUGUCCGGACGCACCGCAGUGGGCUCCGGCUGACUCGGUGGCGGUUGGCCGCUCUUCCUCGUCGCUCGGGCGGACUGGAGGAGGAGGAGGAGGCAGCGGCGGCGGCGGAGGAGGAGAAGGUUGGGAUGUCCUGAGUUGCUGCCAGCGUGCCCGGUGAGAGCGCAGCGCUGAUGGGAGCGGCUGUGCCACCAUGAGCUUACAAGAUGGCAGCUGCAGCUACGCCAGCAGCGCCAACAUGGCCACCGCCAGCGGCAGCAUGCGGCGGCGCCUGGAGGACCAGGAGUUCAGCCUUCGCGUCUACCCGGGCUCCCUGGCCGAGGGCACCAUCUACUGCCCCGUCAGCGCCCGCAAGAACACCACAGCGGCCGAGGCCAUCGAGUGCCUCAUCGAGCGGCUGCGCCUGGAGCGCACCAAAUGCUACGUGCUGGCCGAGGUGAAGGAGUUUGGCGGCGAGGAGUGGAUCCUCAACCCCGGCGACUGCCCCGUACAGCGCAUGAUGCUGUGGCCCAGGAGCGCCUUGGAGAACCGCGGCGGGCUGGGCAGCGGCGACGAUUACCGCUUCCUCCUGCGCGAAAAGAACCUGGACGGUUCCAUCCACUACGGCGGCAGCCUCCAGAUGUGGCUGCGGGUGACGCAGGAGCGCCGCCGCAUGGUAGAGCGCGGCUUCCUCCCCCAACCGGCGGGGAGCGACCCCCCGACGGAUUUGUGCGCCCUCUCCAAACUGACGGAGCACGCCCUCUUGGAGAGCCUGCGGGCACGUUUCCGCCAAGAGAAGAUCUACACCUACGUGGGGAGUAUCCUCAUUGUGGUCAACCCCUUCCAGUUCCUGCCCAUCUACAACCCCAAGUACGUCAAGCUCUACGACAAUCACACGCUGGGCAAGCUGGAGCCGCACAUCUACGCCGUGGCCGACGUGGCCUACCACGCCAUGCUGCAGCGCCGCCACAACCAGUGCAUCGUCAUCUCGGGCGAGAGCGGCUCUGGCAAGACGCAGAGCACCAACUUUCUCAUUCACCACCUGACCGCCCUCAGCCAGAAGGGCUUCGCUAGCGGCGUGGAGCAGAUCAUCCUGGGGGCGGGGCCCGUGCUGGAGGCUUUUGGCAACGCCAAGACGGCCCACAACAACAACUCCAGCCGCUUUGGAAAGUUCAUCCAGGUCAACUACCAAGCCAGCGGCACUGUUAGAGGGGCCUAUGUGGAGAAGUACCUGUUGGAGAAAUCUCGCCUGGUCUACCAGGAGCAUAAUGAAAGGAACUACCACGUCUUUUACUACCUGCUGGCUGGAGCCAGCGAGGAGGAGAGGAAAUCCUUCCACCUGCUCCAACCUGAGGAAUACCACUACCUCAACCAGAUGACAAAGAAAACGCACAAACUCCGCUGGGACAAUUACUCUGACAGCGAGCUGCAGGACUGCUUCAGCGUGGAGGGCGAGGACUUGAAACACGACUUUGAGCGUCUGCAGCUGGCGAUGGAGAUGGUCGGCUUCCUUCCCGCCACACGCAAACAGAUUUUCUCGCUGCUGUCGGCCAUCCUCCACCUGGGCAACAUCCGUUACAAGAAGAAGACCUACAGGGACGACUCCAUCGACAUCUGCAACCCAGAGGUCCUUCCCUUCGUCUCGGAGCUGUUGGAGGUGAAAGAGGAGAUGCUGCUGGAGGCGCUGACCACCAGGAAAACCAUCACCGUUGGCGAGAGGCUCAUCGUGCCCUACAAACUUGCUGAGGCGGGCACGGUGAGGGACUCCAUGGCCAAAUCGCUGUACAGCGCUCUCUUUGACUGGAUCGUGUUCCGGGCCAAUCACGCUCUGCUCAACAACAAGGACCUGGAGGACAAGUCAAAGAUCUUCUCCAUCGGCGUGUUGGACAUCUUUGGAUUUGAGGACUACGAGAACAACAGCUUUGAGCAAUUCUGUAUCAACUUUGCCAACGAGCGUUUGCAGCAUUACUUCAACCAGCACAUCUUCAAGCUGGAGCAGGAGGAGUACCGAGCCGAGGGCAUCAGCUGGCACACCAUCGACUACAUCGACAACAGCAGCUGCAUUAACCUCAUCAGCAAGAAACCCACGGCGCUCUUCCACCUGCUGGACGAGGAGUGCAACUUCCCUCAGGCGUCCAAUCAGACCUUGCUGGACAAGUUCAAGCGUCAGCAUGAGGGAAACAGCUACAUCGAGUUCCCCGCCGUCAUGGAGCCCGCUUUCAUCAUCACGCACUACGCCGGCAAAGUCAAGUACGGAGUUAAGGACUUCCGGGAGAAGAACACGGACCACAUGCGUCCCGACGUGGUGGCCUUGCUGAAGAGCAGCAAAAACGCCUUCAUCUGCGGCCUGAUGGGAAUCGACCCGGUGGCCACAUUCCGCUGGGCCGUUUUGCGCGCCUACUUCCGGGCCCUGGUGGCUUUCAGGGAGGCCGGACGCCGAUACAAGAAGACAGGUCACGAUUCCGCCGUCCCCUGCGCCGCCGUCAAAACCGUGGACAGUUUCAGUUUCCUUCAUCACCCGGUUCACCAGAGGAGCCUUGAGAUCCUUCAAAGGUGCAAGGAUGAGAAAUACAGCAUCACCAGGAAGAACCCUCGCUCUCCGCUGGCAGAUCUUCAAGGCGCCAACACCCUGAAUGAGAAAGCCGGGCGGGAUGGCUUCGGCGCCGGCUGCAAUGGGCGCGGGCCGAGGUCGGGACGCCUGUCGUCGGCGGGGAGCCUGACGGCCCUGGGAGAGGACGGCAUCUUCGUCAACUCGUCCAACAGCAAACUCCUGGAACGAGCUCAGGGAAUCUUACUAAGAAACAGAAACUGCAAAGUCAAGCCCAGCCUGCCCAAGCACUUGUUGGACGUAAAAUCUCUGCGUCACCUGAGCAGCGUGACGCUCCACGAUCGCAUCACCAAGUCGUUGCUUCACUUGCACAAGAAGAAGAAACCGCCCAGCAUCAGCGCUCAGUUCCAGGCUUCCCUCACUAAACUGAUGGAGACGCUCAACCAAUCGGAGCCGUACUUUGUCAAGUGCAUCCGCUCCAAUGCUGAGAAGCUGCCGUUGCGCUUUAAUGACAGCUUAGUGCUGAGGCAGCUGCGCUACACGGGGAUGCUGGAAACCGUCCGGAUCCGACAAUCGGGCUACAGCGUCAAGUACACCUUCCAGGAUUUCGUGCGUCACUUUCACGUGCUGCUGCCUCGAGGCACAACUGCAACCAAGUCGGGCGUCAGGGAGUUCUUCAGGCAGAUCCAUCUGAUGCCGGCCGGCUACCAAGUGGGCAACACCACGGUGUUCCUGCGGGAGGCGGAGCGUCAACGUCUUCAGACGCUCCUGCACCAGGAAGUUCUGCGGCGCAUCGUCACGCUGCAGCAUCGCUUCCGAGCCGUCCUGGAGAGGAACAACUUUGUCAGGAUGAAGCUGGCUGCACGUGUCAUCCAACGCUGGUGGCGAUGCUGCCUCGUUCGAGAGUCCGCCAUGGAUCUGAGGCUGGAGGAGCGAGCGGUGGUGUGCCUCCAAACAGCCUGGAGGCGCUGCAGGCAGCGCCGGACAUUCCUGCGGUGGCGCAGCUCGGCCGUGGCCAUCCAGAGGAGCUGGAGGACGCGCCGGCGCCAAAGGACGGCGGCGGCUGUCGCCAUCCAGGCGGCUUGGAGGGGAUUCGCUGAGAGGAAACGCUACUGUGAGACCUGCAGGACUGUGAUGCUGCUGCAGACCAUGGCGAGGGGUUACCUGGCUCGCCUAAGGUACGCAAAAGGAUUCCGAGAACUGAAGCAGCAGCACGAAGCGGCGGCGCCCAUCAUUCAAAGACCCGACGACGACCUCACCUCGGAACAGGAUCACGUGGAGAACCUCUCCGGGGAACCGGCGGAAGACAAUCGAAGUCGGGGCGCGGACGAGGCCAGCCACAAGACUCGAGCCAAGCGAGAGAGCAGGCGCAUGAGAGAGCUGGAGCAGGCACAAUUCAGCUUGGAGCUUCUCAAGGUUCGCACCGGAAAUGUCGACACGCCUCCUCGAGGAGAGUUGGAACCAGACAGCGCCACCUGUCGCCCGGAGGACCAUCGCAGACAUUCGCCUCUCGGGUCUCUUGAUAGCUUUGAGGCGCUCGCUGCCGAGGACACAGAGACCGAAAGUUCGGGAGCUUUCACGUCCUGUUCGACCGCGCCUCGAGAACGUUUGACUUCAGAUCCAGUGAGAGAUUCAAACCACAACGAAAAGCCCGAGACAGCGUCACCGCUCAGGACCGAGAGCCCGAGGGCGACGUUUUACAUCGCUUCGGACCAAAGUCCGGUCCGAGAACCGACACGCGAAAGCCCCAGCAAGUCUUCCAAAGACAGAAGGGAGUCCACGUUUCGAAAGCCCAUCGUGGUCUUGAUCAGUAUGCAAAAAGAGAGUCCUCUGGAAGAGGGGUCGUCGGUAGUCCAAAGUCCAGACAGAACUUCUGAAUGCAGAGAACCGCAAGCCAGUUCCCAACAGACACACAUAUCGGGUUUGGAGGUAGCAUCUACUGUUGAAGAAGAAAGAACUCUACAGUCCACUUUUGAGGAAGGCGAUUCCUCCAUGGUUCCGUCUUCAGCCACUUUUGAGGCAAGCCCAGAAGUUCCUGGCCUUUGCUCCUCAGAAGUGGACAUCAAGAUCACCCUGGAGGCCAAAGCCGGCUUUUCUCCCACCGUCCGCCCGGGUCAGCGGGAGAAGAAAACGGUCUCGCGUGGGCAGGGAGCCGCCAGCCCGCUCCUUGACACCAAGCCACCCAAAGCCCAGAAGAAGAACUCGGCUCAGACCGUCAUUGUCAACAUGACGGAGAAGCCCACCAACACGGCGCCACCCAGACGCAAGCUUCCGUUCUCCAAGUCCGAUAAGGAUUUGGUGACCCAGGGAAGAUCUUUGUCCAUGUUCAAAGAUGAUUCCAGGACCAGAGAGCAGCAGGUGGGGCGGCCGGGCCCCAAAAAGAAAGCACGCAUGUCCCGGACGCGCUCCGACUUCCUCACGCGCUGUAACUCGGAAGGAGCCACGCGCUCGGACGACGAUGAUGACGAGUACUACGUCCCCGCCCACUCCCGCACGCCGCCCCCCUCCCCGUGCCCCCCACGCACUCGCCCCAAGGCCGACUGUCACAGUGACUCCGAGAUGGAUUCCCACAAAGACCCACAGAAGAUCCAUAAGACCUUGUCAUCGGGAGAUUUGGGCAAAGCGGAGGUGCUGAGGAAAACCUCCAGUCAGGAUGGAAGAAUGAGAGGGAAGAUGCGAUUCUGGAGUAAAAGUAAACACGGCAGGAAAAAAGUGUCCAGCAGGGGCGAAAGUGCUGCUGAGACACCCGGUAAGAGAGGUAAAAAAACAAGCUGCAUCUUACAUCAGCUGAUUUUAUUUUUUCGUCCGCCAGAGGCCCCGUCGCCUCCUCUCAGUCCCGACCUGAAGGCAGCGUCGCCGCCACGGGGCUUGCGGGACAGCAAGGAGAACAAGGAGCCGUCUCCCAAGAUGCGGCGGCGGCGCAGCCUGAAGAUCAGCAGCGUGGCUCUGGAACCCGCCCAGUGGCAGAAUGACGCGCUGCACAUCCUCAGCUCGGCUCACGACUACCGCACCAUGAACGACUUCCUGCUCAAGAAGAUCGCCGACCUGGAGAGUGAAAACGGCAAGAAGGACACCAUGGUGGAUGUGGUCUUCAAGAAAGCCCUGAAGGAGUUCCGCAUCAACAUCUUCAACUCGUAUUCCACCGCCCUGGCUAUGGACGACGGGAGGAGUAUUCGCUACAAGGACCUGCACGCCCUCUUUGAGCACAUCCUGGAGAAGAGCAUGCGGCUGGAGCAACGCGACUGGAACGAGUCGCCGGUCAAGGUGUGGGUCAACACCUUCAAGGUCUUCCUGGACGAGUUCAUGACCGAGUACAAGCCCAUGGAGGGGACAAUCGGCAGGGCCGCCAAACGAGAGCGCAAGAAGUCGCGCAAGAAGGACACUGACAUUGUUGAGGAGCACAACGGCCACAUCUUCAAGUCGACGCAGUACAGCAUCCCCACGUACUGCGAGUACUGCUCGUCGCUCAUCUGGAUGAUGGACCGAGCCUGCGUUUGCAAACUCUGCCGCUACGCCUGCCACAGGAAGUGCUGCUCCAAGAUGGCCACCAAGUGCAGCAAGAAGUACGAUCCGGAGCUGUCGCCUCGUCAGUUUGGCGUGGAGCUCUCCAGGCUGACCGGCGAGGAGCGCAACGUCCCCCAACUGGUGGAGAAGCUCAUCAACUACAUCGAGAUGCACGGCCUCUACACGGAGGGCAUCUACAGGAAGUCGGGCUCCACCAAUAAAAUCAAGGAACUGCGCCAGGGGCUGGACACCGACGUGAGCAGCGUGAUCUUGGACGAUUACAACAUCCACGUCAUCGCCAGCGUGCUCAAGCAGUGGCUCCGCGACCUGCCCAGCCCGCUCAUGACAUUUGAGCUCUACGAGGAGUUCCUCCGAGCCAUGGGUCAAGCCGACAAGCAGGAGGUGAUCCGAGGUGUGUACUCGGUCAUCGACCAGCUGAGCCGCACACACCUAAGCACGUUGGAACGCCUCAUCUUCCACCUGGUCAGGAUUGCGCUGCAGGAGGACACCAACAGGAUGUCGGCCAACGCGCUGGCCAUCGUCUUCGCCCCGUGCGUCCUGCGCUGCCCCGACACCAUCGACCCCCUGCAGAGCGUCCAAGACAUCAGCAAGACCACAGCGUGUGUGGAGCUGAUCAUCAAUGAGCAGAUGAGCAAGUACAGAGCGCGUCUGAAGGACAUCAACAGUCUGGAGUUCGCCGAGAGCAAAGCCAAGAGCCGACUGAGCCACGUCAGGAGGUCCAUGAAACCUGUACUAAUCGCUGUUAGGUUUAUGAGCAUAGCCCACACUGCCACCCCGAGUAAGAGCCGCGUUCGGCAAAGCGGCGCCCACACGCAGUCUCCGCCACUCAGCCCCAGGACGGGCCCCCCGGCGGCGGACAGCGAAAGCGCGGGAGUGGCCGGCGAGGAAGCGGCCGAGGGCACGCUGAGCGAGCAGCAGCAGCUCGCCAUGCAGCAAGAGGAACGGAUCCUCACCGAGCAGAUUGAGAGUCUGCAGAAAGAAAAGGAGGAGCUGACAUAUGAGAUGUUGAUCCUGGAACCGCGAGCGUCCGACGACGACACUCCAGAAUCGGAAGCGUCCAUCGGCACGGCCGACAGCUCCGAGAACAUCACCAUGGAAACGGAGGGUGCCACAGGGGAGCAGCCCGAAUCGGGCGCUUAUGGCUCCCGAAAAUGGGAGAUGAAGUGCAGGCGACCUUUGCGUCGCCAUCCCGACUCGGUGGACUCGGCCGACUCGGCCGACUCGACCUCCGUUGUCUCCUGCUUCAAUCAGCCGCCGUCGGACUCGCCUUCCCCUCACUACCGCUUCCGCUCGUCGUCGUCGGGACCCCUGCUGGCCUCCUACAGCCCGGGAGGGGCGGGAAACGCGUCCGAGUCAGGGCGGCGGCCCGGGAAAGGCCGCCCCAGCCACAGGCUUCGCCUGAGCCGCAGCUCGCCGAGGGAGACGUCGGGUGGACACCGCAGGGAGCCCGAGUUCGGCUCGGCGCCGCAGCAGCUGGUUCUGUACGGCAGUAACGAGUUCAUGGUGUGACGGGGCGGAACGAAGGCCUCGAUAUUCAGGUUCGGCCGAGACUGGUCACGGGGGUUGCCCCUGCCUGCCCCCCUUCUCGGCAGGGCAGGUGAGCACUGAGCCAGAGCGCAGAAGAAGACGAAGGAAGUGCCGCUGAACUUGGGGUGGGCCGUCUGUCUUCUUCAGCUUGUAGCCAUAACGACUGAAUCGCUCAGCUACGCUGAACUCUGCUAAGCUAAGCUAGGCUAAGCUAGGUCCGCUUGUCACGUUUACACACCAGCCGAGAUGCAGCAUGCUCAACUGUUUGACUCCCUGUCAAGAAAGUGCGCCACAGCUGACACUUUACGCGGAAGAUAAUAGGGCUGAACAAUUUUGAAAAAUCAUAUCAUUGUAUUUUUUUCACCUCAAUAUUACCAUUGUGAUUUACUAUGCGGGCAUCCUUUUCAAGCUUCUCUUCCCCAGCCUGUUUUUAACAAACACAAGCAAUAAAUUAAUCUGCAUUGCCGUAAACAAGAUUCAUCAUACCAAAUUGUUUUGGUCUUACAGGUGAUGCUAAAAUAAAGGACAAAUUAAUAUGAAAACCUUUUACAUAUUUACCAAACAUUAGCCAUCUUUAAGGCGUUGAGUAUAACACCCUCACAACAUUUGUAAGUGUGAACAUAAAUCACAAGAUUAGGACACAAGCCGCAGAUUUGGCUUUUAUCACGUCAACGUUUUAUGAAAAAAAAAAAAAAAAAUGCUGACCAACAGAAGUGAAUUAACCCCCCCCCCAUUGCAACCUAUUGUGUUCGACGACAUUGAGUUUGAGGAAUUGUUCAGCCCUAGUAAAGAAGGCCAAAAUCAUCCAUUCCCUCAAGUGGUCCGUUGACACGGAAGUUCGAUGCUUGAGCGUGACGUCAUGGCGAUUAGCACCUCCGCCUCCUUCCAUCGCGACUCAAACUUUCGAACGCGCUUGGCUGGCGACCACUCAAACCCGGACUAGCGAUGCGGAAGAUUGGAUGAUUCUGACCAUGUCCCAUGGCAAGAACAUGUACAUAGAGAGCAAGCGAAAGUUAGGACACGCUUUCAUUCCGGUGCCACACUUGUGAACAUCAGUGUUAUGACAUCACCACUUGAAGUUCUCUCUUCUGUUUUUACUGUAAUAACGUGUGCUGUCAUUGUUAUAUUGUUGACAUGCUUAGUUUCUGUCGGUCAACACUUGACGGACUUUUUUUGACGUAUCGGCUCACAUAUACACGCACAUAUUCUCUAGGUCAGUCCAUCAAAGUAUUUGCUAUUUUAUUCCAAAAUCUGGGGAAAACUUCACUCUGACAGCUCGCUGGUUUUCAUUCACACACAUUAAGGCGCUUUCCAGAUGCUUCUGACUUUUUCCUCCUCCUUGUUGAGCUCAACAAGCAGCGCUUCCGUCCACUCGUAGCAUUUAAUACGCAGAAACCAAAACACGUAGCAGCCAAAUAUUUCGUGCAGUGAGGCUCAUGAAGGCCUCAUGGGUGGCCGUCAAUAAAACUGUGAGACAAGACCAUCAGUAUUAAGCAGCUUUCCACCGCCUCAGUUUACUAUAUACACACACACACACACACAAAUGAGCUGGAUGCACAAAAGUGAUUAUCGUUCUCUAUUCUUUUAUGUCCUUUUGCAUAAUUUGUGCGGGGAAAAAAAGUGAAUGUAAGUGUCACUGGAAGGCAUGCUCUGCUUUCUUGGGUCCUUUUUGGUCCUCUUUUAUACACAGUGUAUGUACUGUAUGUGAGUUUUAUUUAUGUCCACGCUUACUGCGGUUUCAAAGGAUUUCUUAUGAGGGAUAUAUUAUCCUGCGUACGAUCAAGUGCUACAAGGCCAGCAAAGAAAAACGAAACAAGGUUUUGGCUGCGCCACUCUGUACAUAGUUAUAUACGAGGUGCAAUUUGUGUUCGUUUUUUUUUAAUUAUUAUUAUUUUAAUGACACAAACAUGUCUAUGGUUGUAAGAGUAAAUAAAAGACUAUGGGGGAAGUUCAUCAGACUAACUGCAGAUUUAUGCAAAUGGUGGGUUAUUUAUUUUGUUGAUUCUUUUUCACGAAUCUGUUUGCUAAUAGCAAAACCUGACCUUAGGUUCGUGAUUAUUUAAGGGGAAUUCAAGUCAAACACAAAUUCAGUAUUAUGAUUCAUCUUGAACAACCCUGCGAACUCUCACGUGAACGCAACAUUUACUGCCUUGGAAAACACUCGCAAUUAUUCAAUCUUUUUCCAAAAUAAAUUAAGAAAAUUGAAACUG